AUGUUGCAAUCAGUGGCCAAAAACUGUUUGCGCGGACAAACAAAUCACAUGUUUUUUAUACGAAAAAAACUUUUUAACAAACAUUUUAUUAUUAAUAAAAAAUCUUCAAUUUUUACCGCUUAUUAUAGCGGCCAGCGGUGGUCGUCCUCGUUGUCGGCGUCAACAAUCAUCGGUAAAAAAGUGGACGACAUUAAUCAUACCGUCAAUGCCGGCCAUAAACCAGAUGAAGAAGAUCAACCAUUGAAUGCCAUAUCAAACAACAACAGCCGCGUCGGCGUCAAUACAUUUGUCAACCGUAGUCAUACGUGCGGCCAAUUGACGGCCGCAGAUGUUGGCCACAGGGUUCGGCUAAGCGGUUGGAUUCAAUAUCAACGAUACGGGAAAUUCAUGAUUAUUAGAGACUCGUACGGAACUACACAAGUCAUGCUCGGCGACAGACGGCUGCAAAAAGUGGUCAACAAAUUAACCACCGAAUCGGUAGUUGAAGUGGUCGGCCAAGUAGUCAACCGGCCAGCGAAAGACGUUAACAACCAGUUGUCUACCGGUUCGGUUGAAGUGAUUGCCGAUGAGGUGACCGUUUUGAACGAAUGUCGCCGCGACCUACCGUUUGUUGUCCGCGACUAUAAUAAAGUAACGGAAAAGACACGACUCGAGUACCGAUACAUUGAUUUAAGACAUCAACGAUUGCAGCGAGUGUUGCGACUGAGAUCAGCGGUAAUCAACAAAAUGAGACAAUUGUUGGCCGAUAAGUACGGGUUUGUCGAAGUAGAGACACCGACACUAUUCAAACCAACACCCGGUGGCGCCAAAGAGUUUGUUGUGUCCACCGAUUUCAAGGAUCAGUUCUACAAUCUGGUCCAAAGUCCUCAACAAUUCAAACAACUAUUGAUGAUCGGCGGUAUCGAUCGGUACUUCCAAAUUGCCCGAUGCUAUCGAAAUGAAGGAACAAAACCCGAUCGACAGCCAGAGUUUACACAAUUAGAUUUAGAAAUGUCUUUUACCAAUGAAGACGGCAUAAUGUCGCUGAUAGAGGAAGUGAUUCAGUAUUGUUGGCCAUUUAGUGAUGACAAUAUUCAGCUACCGUUUCGGCGAAUGACAUAUUCAGAUGCCAUACGUGACUAUGGAUCUGAUAAACCAGAUCUUAGAUCUGAUACUAAAUUAAAAGAAAUCAAUAUUAAACAUCAAUUAAUGAGUGAUAAUACUGACGAUGAAAUUUGUGUCACUUAUCUAAUCAAUACAUCAGAUAUGGAAACCAAAGAUAAGUUAACAGAAUUAAAGAAAUCUAUUGCAGAAAUCAAGAGAGAGUUUCAAUACAAUGGACGACUCGAUUGUAUUGAUUGUUGUGAAGAUUAUCUAUCAUCGUUUGAUCAAAUCGGUGACAAUUUGAAGACUAGUAUCACCAAUGAGUUAGAUAGUAGUAGUAGUCAUCUAACAAGCGAUGAUCACUUAUUUGUUGCCAUCGGUGCCAAAGAUGAUGUGUACCAAUUAAUGGGUCGAUUGCGAGCCGAUUGGGUUAAACUCACGAAUAGCCACAACAACAACAAAGAGUUGUCAUUUAUUUGGAUCACAGAUUUUCCACUGUUUUUACAACAAAAAGACUCAUCACAGCUGCUCCUGGAGUCAGCCCAUCAUCCGUUUACAGCACCACAACAGCAACACUUGGAACAGUUAUACACUGAUCCGCUAUCAGUAUUGGGCCGACACUUUGAUUUGGUACUCAACGGCCAGGAAGUGGGCGGCGGUUCCAUACGAAUACACGACCAUAAAAUGCAAGAGUUUGUACUCAAACAGAUCCUUAAGGAAGACACCGAUUCGAUGCAGUAUUUUUUGGACGCUUUACGUAGCGGUUGUCCGCCGCACGGCGGCAUUGCAUUGGGUUUGGAUCGCCUGAUAGCUAUUAUGUGUCGACAGGAAUCGAUACGCGAUGUAAUGGCUUUCCCGAAGUCGGCCAACGGUCGCGAUUUGAUGGCCGGAUCGCCGGCACCGUUGGCGCCAGCCGUCAGACAACACUAUCAUUUAAAUUAA